AUGAAGCAAAAGACCGGCGAUACGUAUGCUGUGACCACGCACGAAACACUCUACAAAUCUGUUGAGGACCGCAUUACUGAUGCACAAGACGAGAAACGAAGUGCUGAAGCAAAAUUGGCAUCCGCCAAACAACUUCUUCGCUCACAGGAAGAAGCACUCAAGCUACGCGACGAUGAGCGCCGUCAGAUGAAGUCGAAAAUUGUGGCGUUCGAAUUGGAGACCCGUGGAAAAGAGGCUCAAAUCAGACAUCUUAAC